AUGAGCCAACGAAAGGCGACACGCGACGCACGUAAACGGAGGGAGAAGGCCGAGCGGAGGGCGAGAAGGGGCGGCGCGGGCGAGGACACCAGGCAGCAGCCGAGGAGCGGUAAUGAUGAGGACGACGACACGCCGAGCGAAGACGAAGACGACUACUUCGAGGAGGACGAGGAGGACGUGAUGAUGCAGCACGUCCUCGCCGCGUCGCUCCUUGAACAAGGCGGCAGCCUGCCCUCAUCGCUGCCCACCUCUUCCCAAGAUUCGAUGGCGAUUGAAGGCGAGGCAGCUGAUGACAACAACGAGUCCAAAGAGAUGGACGAAGACGAGCUGCUGCAGCAGGCCCUACUCAUGUCUCUCCAACAGCAGGACGCCGCCGCCCCCGGUGCCGCGCCUGAUGCCCCCACCGCCGCCGCCGCCAGCACGAUCGCAGUGCCCGAUGAGCCCGAGCAGGCCCAGCAGGUGGAGGCCAUGGUGGAGGAAGCCGCGCAAGAGAGCGGUGUGGAUGUGGCAUCUACAGCUCCGACGUCGGGCGGAGACGACGAACGAAAGCAGCGGCUUGCGGCCCUGGCGGCAGCUCGCAAGGGCAGUCCUGGACGAAGGCAGGAAAGGAGACGAGAAAGACGAGCUGUGCAGCGGGCGCUCGAGGAGGAAGAAUAUGAUGAGUACGACUACGAUGAUGACUGGAUCGACGACUCGGGCGUGGUGGGCGGCAUUCACGGUGGCGCGGGGCCAGAGGCCAACAUGGACAAGGCCAUCCGCCUGUCGCUCCUCGAGCUCGACAGGAAGGGCAGCAGCGCGUCGGAGCCGAUCGCCGUCGACGAUCUCGACCUGGCGGAGGAGAUAGCCAAGCAGUCCCGCAAGUACCGAAAGCGACUCGCCAGCGACGAGAUCGUGAUCAGCGACGAAGAGGAGCCGGCGCAGAGCCGGCGCCAGAAGGAGGGCCGCAAAGGUAGCGAGAUUGUAGUCAACGAUGCCAGACAAUACGCGGACGAUGACGAGGAAGAGGAGGACGAGCUCAAGCGGGCU